AUGCCCGUUUUAGAAAUACCUUCUUGUCCAGCAGACAAGGUGGAGUGCUGCUCAGACUACAUGACUCUGCCGAUCCCGAGGAGCCAUGCGGAGGGUUUGAGGCGGUGGCUGGGGAAAAUCCUGCAUCUGCCAGGUACAUUGAGGGCCCCUGGCCACCUGGACCCUCUUCCUGCUCGCUGUGGCCAUUUCCUGCAUCCUGCACCCAACAGCAGCUUCAUUUUCCGAACCUGCUCUAUGCAGAAAGGAGGUAAAGAAAAUUACAGGUUGGAAAUCAGAAUACUUCACAAAGGGGUGAAAAGGCUGCAGUGGGGCAAAGGCUUCAUCAUGAAGUGUCCGGCGGCCAGGUCCAAGCUGGGCCGACAGAGCAUCUACUGCGGCCCCACAUUCAUCCGGGUCUCCCGGCCUCUGCCCCUGAGGAGUGACAAUAGACAGAGCCCCUGGCCGCUGUCCCUUCGAGGGGAGUUGGUGGCCUCUCUGGGGGAUGCCAGUCUGAUGGGAUUGUAUGUGGACAUCAGUGCCAUCAUGGUCACCAUCCAAAGCCCAAGACAAGACCUUCUUCAGAGGCAGAAGGCGCUGAACCACUCUGUGGAGCUCCGGCCCCUCUGGCUGGUGAGCAGCCACUCUGCCUAUUCCUUAGAGGCUGCGUGCCCACCGGUGUCAUCCCAGCCAGGAUCAGAGGUUUUGGUCCACAUCCCAAGGCAGAGACUGGGCUUGGUCAAAAGAAGCUCUCACUUUGAAGGAGCCCUGAGCCUAAAAUCCCUCCAAGUGCACCAGGCUGGCACCUUCAUCAUGAAGGAGAGCAGGGGCUUGGUGGUGGUCAGCAUCCCAGGGGCGUCGCUGCUCCAGGCCCAGCCAUGCCAGGAGCCCCGAGGUGCCCCAGGAAUGCAGGCUUUCUACAGCGUGGACCUGAGCCUGGAAUUUGCUGAGUCUGCUACACCAGUGCUCUGGACAGUGGAGAACUACUUCCGGUGUGCGGUAAGUUCAGGAACAGAGUCGCCUGCCUCAACUCCUCCCUCCUGGCCACUCCCUGGACCGGAGACCCCUCCAGCAGGAUCACUGUCUUCUUCGCGGUCCCAGGACACAGAUCCGGUCACCCUGGUGCAGAUGCAGCUGGAGCCCUGGCCAGUCCUGCAAACAGCCAGGCCUGCAGACGCAAGCUGGGUGUCCGCCGCCCCCUUUCCCUCCAGAGCCUCUCAGGAUCAGUGCUGUUCCCAGGCUCCCCUGGGGGAAACAGGGCUACCUUGUCCUUCCUCUGCUUCAGCCACACUGUCUUCAGGGCCCCUGGGAGCUGUCCAAGCCGGCCCCAGACCCUCACAGUCCAUCUUGCCAGCCUCCACUACCCUGGCCACACAUCUGUUCUCAGAAGCCUCUGCUUCUCCAUCACCCUCCCGGAGGCCUGACCUGUCUGAAAUGUCCUUGGGCUUUGAACUCCCUGUCAUACUAACCAAAAGUCCCCAGCAGGACACUGUCCAUGGACCAGGAAGUCCCCUCCCAGGAGGAGUGGAUGUGGCCAUCACUGGGCUCAUGCAGCAGCUGGUACCUUGAUGCCUUGGACUGCCACCGCGACCUCAGAGAACCAGUGCUCCCAGACCCCUGGCCCAGAAGCCCAGCUGUGGGAGCUCAGAGCUUCCCUGAAAGGGCAGCAUCCCUACCCCCUCCAGGCCGAGCCAAGGCUGCAAGUGGGAUUUGAAACUCGGCCAAGGAGAGAGAUGAGGCCGUGGGCAACGCCCACCCGGAC